UAUGCCAAAAUAAUAACGUGCGAGAGGGGUCUCUUCCUGCGCAGCGCCGACAUUUUGAGCGGAGCAUUCUUGAUACUUUCGCAAGGCAUAAACUCUAUUCACAAUGCCGGAACUUGGUGCAUCGAAGGCCGACAUCGAUGUCAAGCCAGAAGAAAAAGUUACAGUUGAAGAUGGCAGUGGCUCAGGAACAGACUCUGGGAGCGAAGACAGCUUGCCUGAUCUUGAAGACGAUGGAGGAAAAGCGUCGGGACAAAGCCAAAUGGCACAAGCUGCUGGAAUCAACGAGGAGCUCGUGAGCAAAGCAAAGCAGAGCCGCAGCGAAAAAAAGGCACGCAAAGUCAUGUCCAAGCUCGGCCUUAAACAGGUCCAGGGUGUGUGCAGGGUGACGAUCCGGAAGUCCAAGAACAUUCUCUUCGUCAUUACCAAGCCAGACGUCUACAAGAGCCCAGCAUCUGACACAUACAUCGUUUUUGGAGAGGCUAAGAUCGAGGACCUCAGCCAGCAGGCUCAGAUGGCGGCUGCUGAAAAAUUCAAGGCACCAGAAGCUGGAGCGGCUAUGGGAGAGCCCGCACAGACGGCAGUUUCUCAACCAAUUGAAGAAGAGUCUGAGGAAGAUGAAGAGGUGGACGAGGCAGGCGUUGAAGGCAAAGACAUUGAGUUGGUCAUGUCCCAAGCCAACGUCUCCAGGUCGAAGGCAGUGCGGGCACUGAAGAACAAUAACAAUGACAUUGUGAAUGCAAUUAUGGAGCUGACGAUGUAGCCUAGUCCUUCCCUCCCAAGCACCAGUCACUGAUGAACAUCCCAGGAAGUAACUGGUUUUAGUGGUGCUUCCAUGUGCCCUCUGUGUACAAUGCAGGAUGUUAUUCCUCUUGUGUGCUCUUUCAGCAAGGCCACUAUGUGAGCUGGACUCUGAUGCAUUCUGACAUAAUUUGUUUAUAGCCUCACUGGAAGAUGGAAUAAAGUUCAACACAGCACCA